AUGGAUGGGUGGGUGGGUGGUUGGAGAAGGGAGCACGGGGGCCGCCUGGCUGCCAGAGGAUGGAUGAAUGGGGAGGGCUGCUUAGGGACAAGCAGGAGGCAGGGGGAUGGAUUCAUUGGAAGGGAAGCACGAGGGUAACCGGGAGGACUAAGAGGACCAGAUGGGGAGUGGGCUACAAGCCAGGGUGAGCAAGGCAUUGGAGGCCCCGGGUAUUUUGACAGGAUAGCGGCAAAGGGAGCAGGAUUAACGGGGAGUGGCCGUGGAGUGGUACCCUGGAGGGUCGAUAUACCGGGAGUUAACAAUCACAGUCCCGGACGCUGGGGUUUUGUGCUGAGUUUGGGAAGGAUGGAAAGGAAGGAACCUCUCCCUGCUGCUUUCCUUUCCACAUCUUGGCAUUGGGGGACCUUGGGCACACCAAAGGAGGCGGGGGUGUUGAGAAUGCUGGAGUUGGGGGAGGGAUGAGGAACCCCGGGACGAGAGGCGACGUUGCUGUUGCUGUCUGUCUGUCUGCCUGCCUGCCUGCCUGCCUGCCUGCCUGCUUGCCCCUGGGUUAGGAUUGCGUAGUGGCUGCAGGGGGCAGCGCAGAGUCUAGAGAGAGGCGUCUAGUAGAGAGCUCCGAGGGAGUGAGGACUGGCUGCAGGAGCAGGGCUCCCAACCUUUCCCUUACCCGGGAGCGGAGGUCAUUGAGCUAAGGCCCCCCAGAGGGCCGGUGCCUCAACCUCGACCUUGUCUUUCUGCCGGCUGUCUCUGGGACGCGGACUGGACUGAGGCCAGGCGUCCUGCAAAUGUCACUGCGGAACCUUAGGGAAAUUCAUCCUCCAGGUCUCUAACUCCGCAGGAGGCAGCCCGAAAACACACACACAGACAUACACGCACACACGAAAUCUAAAUUAAAAAGAAAAGCGGAAGAAACUGUCGAAGCAGCAGCAGCAGCAGCAGAAUCGGCGGCAGCGGCAGCAGCAGCAGCAGCAGGAGGAGGAGGGGCUGAGGCUACAGCUGCGGAGGCAGGAGUGAGAGGAGAGGACAUCCCUGUCCUGGGCUGCUGGAGGGGACUUAUGGCAGAUUUCGGCCGGGGGACCGCCGGCAGCGGCGGGGGCCUACCUACCUCCCCAGGACCUGUCCUUGGAAAGGUGGCCUUUAAAGCGGGAGAUGGAGAAGGAGGAGGAGGAGGAGGAGGUGGUGGUGGCGGCGGCUGUGGUGGUGACAGUGGCGUCAGCUUGGGGAGAGCACGCUAUGACAGCAGCAGCGGGGUUUCCAACGGAGACUGCACCCUGGGGGUGUUGGGGGAAGACCCCAGGACUGGGAAGCCUAUCAGCCCUUCUCGGGGAAACCACCCCAGCCUGGGGACCCCGACGGUGGGGCGAGAGAACAAGCCGGGAGGCAUCCCCCGAAGGAGUAGCAUUAUCAAGGAUGGUACCAAACAGAAAAGAGAACGGAAAAAGACAGUGUCAUUUAGCAGCAUGCCAACAGAGAAGAAGAUCAGCAGUGCAAGUGACUGCAUCAAUUCGAUGGUCGAAGGCUCGGAACUCAAGAAGGUCCGCUCCAACUCUAGAAUUUACCACCGGUAUUUUCUCUUAGAUGCCGACAUGCAGUCCCUGCGAUGGGAGCCAUCCAAGAAGGACUCGGAGAAAGCCAAGAUUGACAUUAAAUCCAUCAAGGAAGUGAGAACAGGGAAAAAUACAGAUAUUUUCCGCAGCAAUGGUAUUUCCGACCAGAUCUCUGAAGACUGCGCAUUUUCUGUGAUCUAUGGAGAAAAUUAUGAGUCUCUGGAUUUGGUUGCCAACUCUGCUGAUGUGGCCAACAUCUGGGUCACGGGGCUCCGGUACCUCAUCUCUUAUGGAAAGCAUACGCUCGAUAUGAUAGAGAGUAGCCAAGACAACAUGCGGACUUCUUGGGUUUCCCAAUUGUUUGGUGAAGUUGAUGUAGACAAUCUGGGACACAUGUCUCUGUGUAGUGCUGUACAGUGCAUCAAGAACCUUAACCCCGGCUUAAAAACCAGCAAAAUUGAGCUGAAGUUCAAAGAAUUGCACAAGUCCAAGGACAAAACUGGCACCGAAGUGACGAAGGAAGAAUUCGCCGAGGUUUUCCACGAGCUCUGUACCCGGCCUGAAAUUUAUUUCCUUUUAGUUCAGUUUUCGAGCAAUAAAGAAUUCCUGGAUACUAAGGACCUUAUGAUGUUUUUAGAGGCAGAGCAAGGUGUGGCGCACAUCAAUGAGGAAAUCAGCCUGGAGAUUAUUCACAAGUAUGAACCAUCCAAAGAGGGCCAGGAACGGGGUUGGCUCUCCAUAGACGGCUUCACUAAUUAUCUUAUGUCCCCUGACUGUUAUAUCUUUGAUCCGGAGCACAAGAAGGUCUGUCAGGAUAUGAAGCAGCCUUUAUCCCAUUAUUUCAUUAAUUCAUCUCAUAACACCUACCUGAUAGAAGACCAGUUCCGAGGUCCAUCGGAUAUCACGGGGUACAUCCGAGCUCUUAAGAUGGGCUGUCGGAGCGUGGAGUUAGAUGUAUGGGACGGACCGGAUAACGAGCCUGUCAUUUACACGGGCCACACGAUGACCUCACAGAUCGUCUUCCGGAGCGUCAUCGAUAUCAUCAACAAGUAUGCGUUCUUUGCUUCGGAAUACCCUCUCAUUCUGUGUCUAGAAAACCACUGUUCCAUCAAACAGCAAAAGGUAAUGGUUCAACACAUGAAGAAAAUUUUGGGAGACAAACUCUACACGACGUCGCCCAACAUGGAAGAAUCUUAUCUGCCUUCUCCCGACGUCCUCAAAGGGAAAAUACUCAUUAAGGCAAAAAAACUUUCCACCAAUUGCCCCGGGCUGGAGGGAGACGUGACCGACGAAGACGAAGGAGCAGAGAUGUCUCAAAGAAUAGGGAAAGAAAAUGUGGAACAGGCCAACGUGGUGCCCAUAAAACGAUUUCAGCUCUGCAAAGAGCUCUCCGAGUUGGUAAGCAUCUGCAAAUCGGUUCAGUUUAAAGAGUUCCAAGUGUCGUUUCAGGCUCAGAAGUACUGGGAGGUUUGCUCCUUUAACGAAGUGCUCGCUAGCAAAUACGCCAAUGAAAAUCCGGGGGAUUUUGUCAAUUAUAACAAACGUUUUCUUGCCAGGGUCUUUCCUAGCCCCAUGAGGAUUGAUUCUAGCAACAUGAAUCCUCAGGACUUUUGGAAAUGCGGCUGUCAGAUCGUCGCCAUGAACUUCCAGACUCCUGGGUUAAUGAUGGACCUGAACAUUGGCUGGUUUCGGCAGAACGGGAACUGCGGCUACGUCCUGCGGCCGGCCAUCAUGAGGGAGGAGGUCUCUUUCUUUAGCGCAAACACAAAAGAUUCUGUCCCCGGGGUGUCACCGCAGCUUCUCCACAUCAAAAUCAUCAGCGGGCAGAAUUUCCCCAAGCCCAAAGGCUCAGGUGCCAAAGGGGACGUGGUGGAUCCCUACGUCUAUGUUGAGAUCCACGGAAUCCCCGCGGACUGCGCUGAGCAAAGGACAAAAACCGUGAACCAGAACGGAGACACUCCCAUUUUUGACGAAAGUUUUGAAUUUCAGAUCAACCUCCCUGAACUGGCCAUGGUGCGCUUUGUAGUUCUGGAUGACGAUUAUAUCGGGGAUGAGUUUAUUGGGCAGUACACGAUUCCCUUCGAGUGUUUACAGACCGGUUACAGGCAUGUUCCGCUCCAGUCUUUAACUGGGGAGGUGUUGCCUCAUGCAUCUUUAUUUGUUCAUGUGGCGAUUACUAACAGGAGGGGAGGAGGGAAACCUCACAAGAGGGGACUUUCUGUAAGGAAAGGGAAAAAGUCCAGGGAAUAUGCCUCUUUGAGAACCUUAUGGAUUAAAACGGUAGAUGAAGUAUUCAAGAAUGCCCAGCCGCCUAUACGGGAUGCCACAGAUUUGAGAGAGAACAUGCAGAAUGCAGUCGUUUCAUUCAAAGAAUUAUGUGGACUCUCUUCUGUAGCAAACCUCAUGCAGUGCAUUCUGGCCGUGUCGACACGCUUGCUCGGACCUGACAACACACCCUUGGUGGUCCUGAAUCUCAAUGAUCAGUAUCCCACGAUGGAGUUGCAAGGGAUCGUGCCGGAGGUUUUGAAAAAGAUAGUCACCACGUACGACAUGAUGAUUCAGACCAUCAAGACUUUAAUUGAAAAUGCUGAUUCUGUCUAUGAGAAGAUUGUACAGUGUCAGAAGGCGGCUAUGGAGUUCCAUGAACACCUGCACACCAUCGGGGCAAAGGAAGGUUUGAAGGAAAGGAAACUUCAGAAAGCUGUGGAGAGCUUUACCUGGAACAUCACCAUCCUCAAGGGGCAAGCUGAUCUUCUGAAAUAUGCUAAAAAUGAGACAUUGGAGAACCUGAAACAAAUCCAUUAUGCUGCUGUCUCCUGUGGACUGAAUAAACCAGGCACUGAAAAUGCGGACUCAGCCCCCAAGACGCGGAGGAGUCUGGAGGUCAUCCCAGAAAAAGCCAAUGAUGAAAACGGAGAAUGAUGGAGCCCUCGCCUAGUCUUUAUGGAGUUUAUAACUCUAGGACCAACUGUAGGCACACGGGACAGACACUGGCUUUGCACUCACUAAUGAAAAUUAUAUUUGGAAUCUUAAAGCACAACUGGAAUAGCUCAUUACAGUCUAUUACAACUGUGAAUGUACGUAGCAAUUCUGCGUGUGAAGGCAAAUAAAUUGUUUCAAAAGAAAUUAUGUUACUGGCCAAAAUAUGCUAUAUUUGUGUAACAGAUGUCAUAAUUCAAUAACAGUGCAAAGAACAGAUCAUUCAUCAUAGCUCCAUUGAGAAACAAACUCGCUUUUCUUGAACAAAAGCAAUUACAGUUGGAGUGGCUUGACAAAUGGUGUUUGGGGGGAGGGGAGAGCCAACACAUUUUUGGAGAGGUGUGAUUUUCUGCCAAUCUGAGGUAUUAGGGUGACAAGUGAUUUGGGGUUCGGGGGUAUGCUUGCUGAGCCAUAAUUAUAAAGGAGAAUGUAAUUGGACAAUGCUCUCUGAAGUCUCAGGGCGCUCUGGGAUACCCAUGAGGUACAAGGAAGAUGAACGAUCCAUUCUAUCCUCCAUCUCAAGAUGUGUGUGAUUUUCGCCAGAGUGUUUCUGCAAACAUGUCUAUCGAAUGUACAAGAGACCAAACUGCAAGCAACACAUUGUAAAUAGUUUUUCAUUGUGUGAAGUGAUGUGUUCACAUUAAAAAAAGUUUUAUGAUAUUUCUCCCAUACCAGUAAAAGCUUUUGACUAAA